UCCGCGCAUUUCGUUUACAUAUUUAAAUCUGCGCGGGCAAAAAGCCGCCAGUAGUCCCGCGGCUGUUGCGGCGUAGAUAUGCGAAAGGGGGGGAUUAUUCGUUUGUCGGCACAUAUUAACUGGCUUUUGUUUAGUAUGUGUUAUCAUGUGCGGUAGUGUAAGUGUGAAAGUAGGGGGAAAUAAAAGCGCGAAAGCAGUUACUUGAUAGCGUUGUUCUCGAAUUUAAAAUGAACAAUUUAGUUAUUACCACGUUAAAUGUAACAAAUAUUGCAGAAUGCAUAUUGGAAUUGGUGCUGAAUUCGUUAAGUGCCAACGCUACGUCAAUUGCGAUACGAAUUCAUGCAGAAAAACGUAAAAUUCAAGUAAUAGACAACGGUGUAGGAAUUCCUAAGGAAAACUUGAAAGUACUUGCAGAGUAUAAGGAUGAGGAUUCUUAUAAUAAUUGGGAUAUACAUAAAAUUUAUUACACGAAGAAACAGACACUUGUAAACAUUCGUAAAUUAUCCAAUGCUUUGUUAAUUUCUUCUAGACAUUGUGAUUCGUCUAAAACUUAUACGAAGAUUUUUAAAGUAUGUCAUGAUCCAGAAAUAAUUAAAGUUUCAAUGAGACCUGCACAUGGUACCACAGUAAGCAUUUAUGGAUUUCAUGAACUAUCAUUGAACAAGUGGAAUAUACCUUUAAUGUAUCAUUUAAUUGCCAAUGUUUCUAUGGUUAAUGUACAAGUUUCAUUCUCUAUCAGAGAUGAUCAGGAAAAGGAUGUCAUUAUGACAGUCACUAAGCCACAUAAUCCAGUAGAUAUUUUUCAGUUAUUAUAUAAUAAAGAAGUAAAACUUAACAAUAUAUGGUACAUACAAAGUGUGGAAGAAGUUGAUGUUAAGUUUUCUGCAUACAUUGGAUUGACUAAUAUUAGAUCAAAAGCUACUCAAUAUGUCUUCUUAAAUAACAAACUUGUUCAUUGUCCUUUAAUUUUAGAAGUAAUUUCAGCUAUUUUUAACAAUACAUUCAAAUGCUUCACAACAACACAUUGUGAACAGAAACUAACCAGAAAAGCAGUCUUUAUUUUAAUCUUCAUUACAUGCACAGAUUAUGUCUUUACAAUGAUAAAUGAGAAGAGAACUUUGGUUUUACCUAAUAUUCAAGAGUUAUUACAAAACAUUAGAAAAGAAAUACUAAACAUUUUUACGAAAAAUAUUGCACCUCUUUCUAAUCAUGUUUCAAAAUAUGUUAGAAGAGAUAAAAAUCUGAUAUAUAAUUGCAUAAGUAAUUUGAAUGGCACUAAACUAUUUAAAAGUACAUUGAUUCCACAGUUGUCUAUUUCUAAAAAGGAUGAAAGAUUGCAUACAAUUUAUAAUAUUAAAACAAAAAUUACAAAAUUAACAGCUUCAGAGAUACAAAGAGGUGUAGAUUAUAAAGAGAAUGCAUCUGAAGUAAAUUCCAUUGAUCACUUUCAAACUGACAAUUUUAAUACAGAAGAAAAUUUACCUCAAGACAGGAGGAAUAAAACACAACUGACAGAAAGUCAAGUAACUGAUAUGAUUCCAUUGUUUACACCUGUUUCACAAAAUAAAGAAGUUACAACAUUGACUCUUACUGAAUGGUCAGAUUGGUCGUAUUCUGAUAAAAGGAUGUGUAGUGUUAAGAAGCUACAAGCUGUUUCUACAAUAAAUUACUUUCAGAGUAAUUUCUUGAAGGCUUAUAAACGUUUUGAUUUUUUACCAGAAAAGUUACAUAAACAAUUGCGUGGAAAUAUUAAACUGACGAAAAUUGAUAUCCUAAAUGAUCUUGGUGGAAAUAUUUCUUCAGAGAAAUUGAAGUUUGGUUUGCAAGAUAUGUUACUUCAUCAAGAGAUUGAUGUACGUCCGUGCAAAGUUAUUAAACAUCUGCGCGAAUUCAGGUUGAAGAAAGAAUUCCUGCAAUUUCUAAAAAUAUUAGGACAAACGAAUAAUGAGUUAAUAGUAGGUUUGCUAAACCAGCAUGAUAUGAAAGUUCUUCUAUUAAUGGAUCAACAUGCUGUUCAUGAAAGGAUAAGAUAUGAAAAUUUGCUUCAUAAGUACAAAUCACAGACAAAAAAUUAUUUACUUUUCAUAAAAUUAAAAGAUCCUAUUGUAAUAGAGUUAUCUGUAGAUAAGUGUAAUCUACUUGUAUCAAAUAAAGUUACAUUUAACAAAUUUGGAAUCACUUUUAAUGUAAUGAAUGGUAAUACUGUAAUAGUGUAUACAAUACCAGAGUGUUUAAACAAGAACAAAUAUUACGAGUUCAAACUAAAAUUAAAUGUAAAGGCUCUUUUAAAUGAAAUAUUACAAAAUAUAGCUACUUAUGGAUAUUAUGGAACCAGUAAUCUACCAUUCAUUAUUCAUAAUGCAAUUGCAAUGGAAGCUUGUCAUGGUAUGUUUUUUUUUUAUAGCAACAACGUAUAUAAUAUAAACAAUUGCGAUAUGUAUUUUUUAUUAAUAGAUAUUCAUAGAAUAACAAUCUCAUUUAUUUGUACAUAACAUUGUGUUUGCUACUAUCUAAUAUUAGAGUAUUUUG